AUGGCGAAAGCAGGUUAUGACUUCACAGCUCACACCGAGUUUAAAAGCUUGGAAAUUCAUGACCGACCUGAGCUCUCCUCAACUCAAAAGAAGCUUCUACGGGAAGGACAUUCUAUACCCGUGUCGAGAAAAGGACUCGGAUACAAGUCGCCAGAACCGAUCCGUAUAACUAAAAAGGGGAAGGAAAAAGUGGUUGACAUCAAUCAUAUAACUAUAGAGGAGGAUGACAAUACUGACGUAAAAGAAGGUGAUAAUCAGAGAAUCUCAGUAUUUGAUCGAAUUAGACCAUCUGUUGCACGUCCCGUAGUAUUUGAAAGGCUAAGCAUGACAGAGGCAGAAAGAGAAAGGCUCCAGUCAGUACCAAACCUUGAGAGACAUUCGGUCUUUCGAAGGCUAACUACGACUCCCAUAAAGGAAGAAAGCACAUGCCAUGCCUUGACAACUACAAGACCAUCAGCCUUUGAAAGGCUAGAUACAAAGAAGAAGGAACCAAUGUCUCGUGUGAAAGUUUGGCGUCGAAUUAAGCAUACAGAUGUCGAUAAUUAUCGUAGUAAGAAGUUUCCUUGCGAGACAAAGGAAAAUGGAGAAAUUCAUAGCAACGUUCCUUCUCGCAUGAAAAGAAAAACUUUUGUUACUCUCAAUACAAGUCAAGAGACUGGAACUCAUGAAGAAGACGCAGAAAAUGCCCCACAAAGUUUAGAGGAUGGUGGCAAUCUACUGGACAUCUUUGCGUGGUCGUACAAGGAGAUGCCAGGACUUGACCCAAAAGUAGCAGUCCAUCAUCUUGCAAUUAAACCCGGAUAUCGACCGAUUAAACAAGCACAACGACGUUUUCGACCGGAGCUUAUCCCUCAAAUCGAGGUGGAAGUCAACAAGUUGAUCGAAGCAGGAUUCAUUCGCGAGAAAAAAAAUGGACAACUUCGCGUUUGUGUAGACUUUCGCGAUCUGAAUAAUGCAUGCCCUAAAGAUGAUUUUCCCUUGCCCAUCACCGAAAUCAUGGUUGAUGCAACUACUGGACACGAGGCGUUGUCGUUUAUGGAUGGGUCGUCUGGAUAUAAUCAAAUACGGAUGGCCCUCUCAGAUGAAGAAAUGACAGCUUUCAGAACUCCAAAGGGAAUAUACUGUUACAAGGUGAUGCCCUUUGGAUUGAAAAAUGCCGGCGCUACUUAUCAACGUGCCAUGCAGAAAGUGUUUGAUGAUAUGUUGCACAGGUAUGUUGAAUGUUAUGUUGAUGAUCUUGUAGUCAAAACAAAGAGACGACAAGACCAUUUGAAGGAUCUAAAAGUCGUGUUUGAUCGCUUGCGAAAAUAUCAGCUAAGGAUGAACCCUCUCAAGUGUGCGUUUGGUGUAACUUCAGGAAAAUUUCUUGGCUUCAUUGUAAGGCAUCGAGGGAUCGAAAUAGACCAGUCCAAGAUUGAUGCCAUUCAGAAGAUGUCAAGACCUAAAAGUUUGCAUGACCUAAGAAGUCUCCAAGGACGAUGGCUUACAUCCGAAGUGCUGGGAGCUCCAGUACCUGACAAACCACUAAUAUUGUACAUUGCUGCACAAGAAAGGUCCUUAGGAGCAUUACUGGCACAAGAAGAGGUAAAGGGAAAGGAGCGUUCUCUCUACUAUCUAAGCAGAACAUUAAUUGGGGCUGAAGUUAACUAUUCUCCUAUCGAAAAGAUGUGUCUUGCACUUUUCUUUGCCAUUGAUAAGUUGAGGCAUUAUAUGCAGGCCUUCACGGUUCAUCUAGUGGCAAAAGCAGACCCUAUAAAGUAUGUUCUAUCCAGGCCAAUCAUCGCUGGACGCUUAGCCAAAUGGGCGGUUCUACUCCAACAAUAUGACAUUGUCUAUAUUCCCCAAAAGGCGAUAAAAGGACAAGCGCUAGCAGACUUUUUAGCAGACCACCCAAUUCCUUCGGAUUGGAAGUUAUGUGAUGACCUACCAGACGAUGAGGUUUUCUUCACAGAAGUUAUGGAACCUUGGACUAUGUACUUCGAUGGUGCAGCUCGAAGAAGUGGUGCGGGGGCAGGCAUUGUCCUCAUUUCUCCUGAGAAGCAUAUGUUGCCUUAUAGCUUUGCACUUUCCGAAUUGUGUUCAAACAAUGUGGCUGAAUAUCAGGCUUUGAUAAUUGGCCUUCAAAUAGCAUUAGAAAUCGGAGUGUCAUUCAUAGAGGUCUAUGGUGAUUCAAAAUUGAUAAUCAAUCAACUCUCGCUUCAAUAUGACGUGAAACAUGAAGACUUGAAGCCAUAUUUUGCUUAUGCUCGACAAUUGAUGGAAAAGUUUGAUAAUGUGAUGCCUGAAUGUCAGGAAGUGAACAUGGCAACAUCCUAUUUGAUUGAUGAAGAAGAUUGGCGUCAACCCAUCAUAGAGUAUCUUGAACAUGGAAAGCUUCCAAAGGAUUCUCGUCAUAAAAUUGAGAUACGAAGAAGGGCAGCACACUUCAUUUAUUACAAGGGAACUUUAUAUCGCCGUUCUCUUGAAGGGCUCUUCCUUCGAUGUCUCGGAAAGGAAGAUUCGGUAAAAGCUCUAAAGGAAGUACAUGCAGGUGUUUGUGGAGCACAUCAAUCGGGACAAAGCUUCAAUUCCAGCUAA